AUGAAGUCAAGAGAUUCAUUUUCGAAUGGUUUUAAAAAAUGGCAUCCUCGACAAAUCUUUGCGAUUGAAAAUGUACACGACAAAAUUAAAGGAGUGGUUCAUCCGGCAACAUCGCAUGUGGACAAAAACUGGAAGAAUUGGCCAAAGACAUGGCAGGAUUUAAAAUCCAGAACAAAAACUAAGUCUGGGAAUAUUAUAAAGCACGAAACAGGUACAGGUGGUGGCCCUCCUUGCUUAGAAACCAUGACAUUAGUGGAGGAUAAAGUUUUAGAGGUGAUAAAGGCAGUGUCUGUCGAAGGACACCAACAGUCUAAAGAAUCCCAUACUAAAUUUAAUUUUAACAUGUCUGAUGGUAAAUUCAAUAUGUCAGAUGGUGAAUUUGUUUUGCCAAUGACAAGUCUCCCAGUUCCUUCAACAUCAACUGCCCCUGUUCCUCCAACAUCAACCAUUCCUGUUCAACAACCCUUAAGGUCGAAAGAAACUCCGAUAAUGCGAAAAAACAGCACUUUCACAUUAAGGAAAGUUGAAGCAAAAGAAAGGAGUGUGUUAGCUAAAGAGCGAAUAGCGGCAGCCCUGGAGGCUAUAGCUGACAGUAUUGCAUAG